GUUGAAAGGGGGACGAGAGGGGUGAAAGAGGGUGGCUCUGGAAAGGGUGGACCCUCCAAGUGUCUUGUCUCCUAUCAUCUUGUCGUCCAGGGUAUCGCUUACGAAUGUCGCGCGAUCGAGCGAUCCGUCUCCGAUCCAACACGACCAGCGACGUCCUGCCGUCGGAGGCGUCGCGACCAACCCGCUAGCCUACACCGUGCCGCACAGUUUACCAUUGCCAGCGUGUAUUGCUCUCCGCUUGAUAUGAGACGCGAGCCGCGAUUCGAACCGCUCCGCGUGUCGGAUAGACCGUGCUCUGCCGUCGGACCGUCGACGGGCGACCAACAGCGUCCCAUGCUCUUCUGACGGGACGAACGCGUCGCGCAACCAGCCGUGUUCAGUGGAACGGGUGACUGUCUGCCACCUGAAUCGUGCGCCAUUCCACGGAAAAUCGAACUCGAGAAAACUGUCGCGUUCCAUUCAUCGGGAAUCCGUGAACGUCGCUGCUGGAACGGGCACUUUGGACGCGAACCAAGCAUGUCCGGUGAAACGGAGAUCGAGGUGUCCGUGGUGUCCGAAGAGGAUUUGGAACUGGAAGGUUCGAGGAGCAGCUCGACGCCGGCCGAGCUGCUUCUGCAGGAGAAGAACGGCAAGUCCGGCUGCGGACUGAACAAUCACCAUUCGUUUAGCUUCGACGUGGGCAAGCCGGCGCUCAGGCCCGCCUGUAACCCUCAGUACACGUCCUUCAGCAUCUCCAGCAUCCUUGGAAGGCCCGAGUCGCCUCCUAUAGACUCCACGUCGACCGUGUCCGUCGAGAGGCGAUCGUCGGACGUCGACCGAGGCUCGCCAUUGCCAGCGGCGAACGCUCAGAACUCGCAGAGGAUCGGCUCCUCCUGCGACAGCCCUGCCAGAGGAUUGUCCUCGCCCACGUCCUUGAGAUACUCGAGCAACCAAAGAGGCACGUCGACGGUCGGCCACGCGGUUGAAAACAGGAGCAACUCGACGAGUAUGGGGAUUGGAUGUGCUACCAGUGCUACCAGCCCGGCAUCCACGUUCUCUCCGCCCAGCGACGCCGCUGCGAACCCUUUGCUCGGUCACCAAGCGUCGGCCGACUUGGCCAUGCUGUCGAGAUUGGGCCUGAUGUCGUCGUUGAUAGCGGGCCGAUAUCCGGUCGGGAUCGGCGUCGGCGGUGUGUUCUUUCCGUCGACGUUGCAGCACCUUCACCAGCAACAGCAACAUCAGCAUCACUCGCGGCUGGCGGCCGCGUCGUCGGCGUUGAGCAACGCGGUUCAAGUCACCGGCCAAUCGGACAUCGUCGAUGCCGACGGCAUCCGCGGUGUGCUACCCGGUGGCGCCGGUUGGCCGUUUCCAUGGAGGCCGACGCACGGCCUGCAGACGCUUGAACAUCCGUCGCCGAGCGACGUCGUCGGUACCCUGAGCCGUGUUAGUCCCGCUUCCGCCACCUUUCCCCAAAGGGGAUAUCUUGCAGAGGAACGAGUAUUUUGGAAUCUCUUGGAGCAUUAA